GGUCUAUAUAAGACUCACUGUUACUGAGACCAGCCUGAUCAGAAGUAGCCAAACCCUAUACAAAUGUCCACGUUAAUGAGAUCAGCCUGAAAACCUACUGAAGGGAGGAUUAGUUGGAAUCACUGUCACUGAGACCAGCCUAACUGGAAAGGAAUUACUUAAGUAAUUCCCAUUUUCUUUACAAGAGUGCAUUUUCCACUGAGACACUGGGAAUGAACAGAUUACGCUGUGUGUGAUUUGAAAUUUGCACAUCAACCCAAAGGGGGAGUGGCUACAAGCAGAUAUAGACUGCAGUGAUCUCUCAGCAACCAUUGAUCACAGCAGGCGGGCAUUAUCACAACUAAGGAGCUGCACAGACACUAUGGAACUUCUUGUAACACAACUUUUACAGGACACUUUCGUGAAAGGACAUCGACGCACACCCAGUGACAUUGAGUUCCGGGAGUUAACACGACGAGAUGCCCAGUCUGCUAUGAACAAAGAGUUGACCAAACUCCUGGCAACAGUUCAACCUGGCCUUCAAGAGAAAACAAGGAAGGAGUUUGACAAUUUUGAAACCCUUUUUGGUCGCUUUCUUCGUGAAUCAGGCACAGCUUUACAGUGGGAUAAACUAAAACUUUUGUCUGAUGAAGCUGUCAAGUCAUACAAAAACCUUCCUGUUCCUGCAGAGUCUCAUGCCAAACAUCUUCUGUCCAAACUGGUUGUGAUUAAGCUUAAUGGUGGCCUGGGCACUAGCAUGGGCUGUACAGGCCCUAAGAGUGCCAUCUGUGUGCGCAAUGAGCUUACCUUCCUUGACCUUAAUGUGCAGCAAAUUGAGCACUUGAACAAAGUAUAUGGUGUAGACGUACCACUGGUGUUGAUGAAUUCUUUUAACACAGAUGAAGACACCCAAAAGCUGCUGCGCAAAUACAGUCAGAUCAAAGUCUCCAUUCACACCUUCAACCAGAGCAGGUAUCCCAGGAUCAACAGAGAGUCACUGUUGCCCAUUCCUUUAAGUUUUGGACCUGAAAGUGUAGAAGGCUGGUAUCCCCCAGGUCAUGGUGACGUUUAUCAGAGCUUCUACAACUCAGGGCUUUUGCAGGAGUUCAUCAGACAGGGGAAGGAGUAUGUCUUCGUCUCGAACAUUGACAACAUGGGGGCCACUGUUGACCUCAAUAUUCUAAACUUUCUUUUAAACAAGAGCAAUGGACCUGCCCCAGAAUUUGUCAUGGAGGUUACAGACAAGACACGGGCUGAUGUCAAGGGUGGUACACUAGUUGAAUAUGAAGGAAAACUGAGACUUCUUGAAAUUGCCCAAGUUCCAAAAAAUUAUGUUGACGAAUUCAAGAGUGUGAGCAAGUUUAAGAUUUUCAACACCAACAACUUGUGGGUGAGUCUAGGUGCAAUUAAGAGAGUUGUGGAGGAGGCGACUCUGCAUAUGGAAAUUAUUGUUAACCCUAAGACCUUGGAUAAUGGCUUGAAUGUGAUUCAGUUGGAAACUGCUGUUGGUGCUGCAAUCAAGAGCUUUGAUGGUGCUUUGGGUAUAAAUGUACCAAGAGUAGAUUUUGCCUGUGAAACAACCUCAGAUCUGCUCGUAAUCAUGAGCAACCUGUACACUCUUCGCACUGGAGCUUUGGAAAUGUCACCAAAAAGAGCCUUUCCAACUGUUCCCCUUGUGAAAUUGGGCACACAUUUCAACAAGGUGAAGGACUUCUUGUCUAGGUUUGCUAGCAUUCCUGAUGUCCUUGAACUUGACCACUUGACAGUGUCAGGUGAUGUGACAUUUGGCAAAGAAGUCAUACUCAGGGGAACAGUGAUCAUCAUAGCAAAUCAUGGAGAACGGAUAGACAUUCCACCAGGUGCUAUACUGGAAAACAAGAUUGUCUCAGGCAACUUGAGAAUUUUAGACCAUUAGAAUCAUGUAGCACUGGGAUUCUAGAAGAAAUCAAUGAAUACUAGGUUCUGUUGCUGGUGGCUGACCAAGCUGUUUCAAGAUAAAAUUGUAUUCUGCUCCUUCCAGUACUGUAUGGUUAGGAAUUUAUGGUACACCCAGCACUUUGUGGUCAGGUGAAUGUAACCGAAUAGCUGUUAUCUUCAAAGUAUUACAUUUUAUAUGUGUUAGAUGAUGUCAGAGGUUCAAUCCUGCCAGUGUUAAGAGAGUGGAAUUACUUGUCUGAAAGCAUCACAGUUGGUUCUGUCUGUUCAGCAGAAAGUUAAUGCAUUUUAUCUUUGUAUGAAGUGUUCUUAUUUUAUCACAUUGCCAGUUGUCCCUGGACAGCUCAGGCUAUUGUUUUAACAGGAUAUUUUACAGGAGCAGCAUACACACAGGAUUAAGUGUAGGUUCUUGGUAAUUUAUGCUGCAAGUAGCUUUCCUUAUUUUUGAUUUCAACAGUUUUUGUCUUUCAUAUAUCAAUGUCAUCACCUAUGUUACAUGCAUGGAUGGAAGUGUAGGCUUGUGUGCAUGGAUAGGCUUGUGUGCAUGGAUGUAUUAGUGUGCUCAUUUGUGCAUGUGUGGUAGCUGAAAACAUUUAAGCCAGCGGUUCUCAACCUGUGGGGCGUGCCCCCUGGGGGGGCGCGCCGUGCUUACAAGGGGGUCAUGAAGGUGGUAAUUUUUUAAAAGUUUCUUAUACCGGUAUUAGUGAAAUUAGCUUACAUUGCUGGCUAAGGGGGGUGCGCGGACGUACCUUUGUUCGUCAGGGGGGUGUCACUAGUAAAAGGUUGAGAACCGCUGAUUUAAGCUUUCUGGUGAGGUGGUUGGCAGUUACUCAGGGAACUGUGAUCCAUAAACCAGGUCUCUACUGACGUAAGCAGCAGAAGGGGAGACAAUUUAAAUUGCUGAACUGGACAAUCCAUGUAUGUACACAGAAAAUAUGAAAUACUUAUUUUGUGACUUUUAUGGCUGUGUGUUUCAAAUGAUAAUGGUAUUCCUACUAGUGAUAAUGGAAUUGAAACAUAUCUGUCCAACAUGGUUCAGUGAUGAAAUAAAUGACACAAAGGCAUUUAAAUCCCAAUGCUAACAUAAAUGUGUAAAAUUCUGAAAUUGUUAUAAAUCCUAACACAGCAGAACAGAGAUGAGUUAAGGAAAGAAGCAAUACAUAGUGUAACUAUGAGAAAGACAUUAAUGAAAGGAAUGUAUCUUGUGCCUGAUUUAUAGGCCUGCAUGUGCUAACAUCACAAAGGAACUGACAAUCGCAUAGGAAGAUGCUCAGCUUUUUUUGGGGGUGGGGAAGGGAGGGGGCAAACUUCAUACUGACAGUGGUGUUCACAUUCUUGUCCCCUCAGUAUCUUUUUUGAGGGGAUGCUGCCUCCAAUGUCCCCUGGUUCCUAUGCCACUGAGUAUAAUUUUUACUGUUAUUGUUGUCAUUUUAAAUUGGAAAGAGUAAGAUAAGCAUUUUUUUAAAAACCCACAUAGCUUUACGUUUUGGUAGUUUCCUUACAUAAUUAAAGUUUGUUUUACAUUCUUUUAAAUACAGAAUCAUAAAGAAAUCAUUAUCUCAAGCUGUUAAAAUAUUUGCAGCUUCGUUGAAAAAUGUGCAGAAUGUCUUUUGAUCCAGGUAACUCUUAAUGUGUUCCUGUAACAUACUGCAACAAGUUUUGUUGAAUGGCAUGAAAGAAUAUUGGGAGAAGAUAACAACUUAACCCCUUUUUUUUUAAAUUUCUGUGGUCUAAGAUCCGGUAGAGUUUAUUAACUGCUGAAAGAUCAAUUAUACCAUCAAAAAAACUGUGUGAUAUUGAUGAGGCUAUUACAAUUGUAUAUGAGUUUGGAAUGAUUCAUUUUAUUUACUGUUAACUGUGUAGCAAGAUAAGAAUUUUAUGCAGAUU